AUGGAUUUCGACGAUGAUGCCCCGCCUGAUCUGGUAGAGGCCGGAACCGUUGUUGAGGAUGAUCUGCCACCAUCGGAGAGCCAGAUCAAGGUCCCGAUCACCAUCGUAACGGGUUAUCUCGGUGCUGGGAAGACGACGCUGCUCAACUACAUCUUGACGGCGCAACAUGGAAAGAAGAUUGCCGUGAUUAUGAACGCUCUCGAUAUCGAAAAGUCGCUCACUGUCAACAAAGGUGACGAGCAAGUUGAGGAGUGGCUUGAAGUCGGCAACGGCUGCAUAUGCUGCUCCGUAAAGGACACUGGUGUCAACGCCAUCGAGUCGCUCAUGGAGAAGAAGGGCGCGUUCGAUUACAUUUUGCUAGAGACCACAGGUCUUGCGGACCCUGGCAACCUCGCGCCCCUGUUCUGGGUCGACGAUGGCCUAGGAAGCACAAUCUACUUGGACGGUAUCGUGACUCUGGUAGAUGCGAAGAACAUUCUUCGCAGCCUUGAUGACCCCGCCGGCAAGAUUGAAAUCGACGAAGAUCACAAAGAGGAUGACGGCCAUAGUCACGGUCCGCUCAUGACGACGGCUCACGUCCAGAUCUCACAUGCUGAUGUCAUCGUCAUCAAUAAGUCGGAUCUGGUUUCCGAAGAAGAGUUAGGGCAGAUCAGAUCGAGGAUAGAGUCUAUCAAUGGACUCGCCAAGAUACACGUCACCAAGCAGAGCGAGGUGCCGAAAUUGGAGGGGUUCUUGCUGGAUUUGCAUGCCUACGACCAGGUCACGGAGCUCGAUACCAGCCAAAAGGGCCACAGCCAUCUAGAUUCGACCAUUUCGACUGUCUCGAUACCAGUGCCAAAGUUGGCACCCUCACAACUCGAGAAGAUCGAUUGGUGGUUGAGAAAGAUCCUCUGGGACCGUAAGCUUCCUGGGGACGAAAAGACGACGCUUGAGGUCCAUCGGUCAAAGGGUCGGCUCGUCUUUAACAACGGCGAUAUCAAACUCAUCCAGGGCGUGAGGGAGAUAUUCGAGAUUCUUGACUCGCCUGACCAAUCGCGCGAGGCUACGCAAGCUCAGGGAGGUAAGAUCAUUCUCAUUGGAAGGCAUCUCAAGGGCGUCGACUUCGAGAAGAGCUUGGUGGAUACAAUCAACUCGAGCAUAUGA